AGUGCAAUUUCAACUUUAUAGCUGUGCAUUUAAAAGCAACUCAUCAACCAUGUUGCUUCAAAUAGUUUUUAUUAUCGCUAUGACUUUAAAUGAAGUUUUUGGUGCUAAAAUAUCGUCAGUGAACUUUGAAGAACAUUUUUACCAAUGCGGUGUCAUGAGUGCAUCAUCGGGUCUCAUACAAGGUGGCUUCUACUCAAAACAAGAUCAAUUUCCAUGGAUUGCAAUUAUUUCGAUCAAAAAUGAGUCAAACAGCCUUUGGGAUCAUAAUGGAUCAGGGAGCUUAGUAUCAAGACGACAUGUUCUCGUGAAAUCUUUUUAUGUGUCAACACUAGACGAUAAUAAUCAAUAUGUGCCUAUAUCAACAGAAAAUGUUCAAAUUUUCCUCGGAACAACUACAUACAAUAACUUGAAUCAGGAAGGAUCCAUCAAAAUUGGAGUAAAUAACAUCAGGUUAUAUCCACAUACAAGAAAAGUAGCACGUGGCUUUAGUGUGUUUAAUUUUGCGAUUCUUACAUUAGAAGACGAUGUAACCUUCAAUGACUUUAUAAAACCAGUUUGCUUAUGGAAUAACCAACUUAACUCUAGAAUGUAUACUGGACAGCAAUUGAUGGCUGUUGGAUAUGGAAGAGAUUUAACUGGACGAAUCAGUAAGAUCAGAAAACACGUUCCAGUGCAAGUGACUAGCUCUGAUGAAUGUGAAACAGAAUAUAUUGACUUACUUCCUCAAAUUAAGGAAUCAAGAUUUUUCUGCAUUAAGGAAAUUGUAAAAGAUCAUGGACCAUGCAAAUUUGACACUCAACUUUAUGUCAAAAUUGACUCCACUUGGUAUUUAAAAGGAGAAAUGAUUGCAGCUAGGACAGAUAUUAAUACUUUGCAGUGCUAUUCUAAAUUUCCUGUUGCUGUUGAGGAUAUUUCACCUUAUGUUGACUGGAUUGAUCAAGAAAUUAAGACUGAACUCAUUGAAAUUUAUGUUAGUGAUCAAAAAGAUGGAGCUAUUGAAGUUAUUGAUGUAGAAAAGAUUGUUAAAUAUCAAAUAGAAUAAAGAAGGUUUACCUUAACGCUUAUAAACAUUUAA